UUUUCAUUGCUUUCUCAGACAAAUGGUUGCUGGCGGCAUUGUGAUUCUCAUCUUCACCAUUGUCUUCCUCGUCCUCGGCGGCGCUGGCUUCUUCUUUGCCCCCAAGGGCCCCAACCGAGGCCUGGUUCAAACCAUGUCCAUUUUGACUGCCUUCUGCAUGUGGAUUUUCUGGCUUUGCACAUUCAUGUCACAGAUGAACCCGCUGAUUGCACCCAUCAUCAAGACCGAAGACAUUGCUAAAAACUAAAAAAACAAUCCUUUUGAGUGUAACUUUUGUAUUUGUUUCUGUUGUUGUUGAUGGGUGUUGCUCGUAUUUUUUUUUCUCGGUGUACUUGUGAUGUGCGAAUAUACCUUGCUUUGUUGGUUGUA